AUGACCAUGAUGCACGCCGUCCGCCCUGCUGCUGCCGUGCGCCGCUGCACCCGCGCGCUCGCGCUCGCGCACGGUGCAGACGUCCCACAGCCGCUGCCGCCGCCGUCGCCGCCGAACCCACACCUGUAUGCGCCCGCCGCGUUCGCGUGUCCGACGCCUCCGCGCCUCGGGCCCGCGCGCAGGGACGCGGCGAACGCGCCCAGCGGGAACGAGUCUCGGUCUAGCGGGAACGAGCCUGACGAGCUCAAGUCUAGCGAGAACGGGAACGGGAACGGGAACGGGAACGGGAACGGGAACGGCAGCGGCAGCGGCGACAUCUCCGACCAGGAGUGGGAGAUCCGCACAGGUGCGCACUCGACGUACGCGUUCUCGCCCGUGUCGGGCCUCAUCCACCAGCACACGAUCGACUCGAUCGAGCCGGCGCCGCACCAGGCCGUGUUCGACGCGCUCCGCGGCGCGCUGUGCAAGCUCGGGCUCGCGGACGGGCCCGGGCGCGAGUCGCCCGGUGCCGCGCGCUCGCAGCCGCACACGCACACGCACGCGAGGCAGGGGUAG